ACAUACAUGUCUUCUCCCUAGGAUUAUUACAGAAGUGGUCGUAUGUUGGUCCGAAUGUCUGAGGCUAUCGGUCGAUUGGUGCUGGCCGGGCGGGACAUGGCCCGUCUGUCCGGUUUCACCGCUCGCAUUCACCAGUUGACCACCGUACUCCGUGACCUCCAUAAAGGACAGUACGUUAGGACAAUGGUCAAUACUAGUGACAGUGGUAAUGGAACCAAUGGAGAGACAAUGGAGAACAGAGAAAACACUAGUAUUGAAGGUCCUCCACUUGUUCCUGGUAGCGGAGAAAUAAUUGAAGUUGACAAUUUAAUAAAGUUUGAACAUGUCCCAUUGGUUACUCCUAAUGGAGAUGUACUUGUCAGAGACAUGAACUUUGAAGUUCAUUCUGGUAUGAAUGUAUUAGUGUGUGGUCCUAAUGGGUGUGGCAAGAGCUCUUUAUUUAGAAUAUUAGGGGAGGUGACAAGUCUUGAUGAGGUGACAGCCUCUGAUGUCUCUUCUACUUCUCAAUUGCUAGCUUCAGCUAAACAGGAGGCACCUCUCAUUUGUCCCAUACCAAGUCAUGACGAGCCUUUAAAGAUCUACUGUGAAACAUGUGAUAGUGUUAUAUGUCGUGAUUGUAUCAUAGUCACUCAUAAAGAUCACAAGUAUAACCUAAUAGCUGAUAGUUUUACUAAACACAAAGAAGCACUGGAGAAAUCUCUUAAUCCGAUAAAAGGGAAAAUUGGAGGACUGAAGAAG